CCCUGGGCAGGGGGGAUUGAGGGGCGAUGUUGUGGCCGGGAUGCUCCGACCCCCACGGUGUGUGGGGGGGACACCCCCGUGGUCGUCCCCCCCCCCCGCAGGACCACCCCACGGGGCGCGGCCGGACACGCGUGGCCUUUGCGACCGGCGCUGGGGAGACGGCGGCCAACCAGACAAUUAAAGGGGCCGGGAGCGCCUCGCUCCGCUCCGCCGCCUUUGUCCCUCCUCCCGCCCGGUGGCGGCGGCGGCGGCGGCCCCGGUACCGGCCCCGGUACCGGUUCCGUGCCUGGAGCCUCGGUGGUCCUCAUGCACCGGCCCCCGCCGCCGACCCCCCCGCACGAUGCCCGAGGACGGCGAUCGGUCCCGGCGGGCCCCGGCCGGAGAGGAACGAACGGAACCGGCGGCUCCGACCGGCGUCCUGGAUAAACUCUUCGGGAAGCGGCUGCUCCAGGCCGGGCGUUACAUCAUGUCCCACAAGGCCUGGAUGAAGACGGUGCCCACGGAGAACUGCGACGUGCUCAUGACCUUCCCGGACACCACAGAUGACCACACACUUCUCUGGCUCCUCAACCACAUCCGUCUGGGCAUCCCCGAGCUCAUCGUCCAGGUCAGGCACCACAAGCACACCCGUGUCUACGCCUUCUUUGUCACCGCCACCUACGAGAGUUUGCUGCGUGGUGCUGAUGAGAUCGGGCUGAGGAAGCCGGUGAAAGCCGAGUUUGGGGGGGGCAUGAGGAGCUUCUCCUGUGAGGAGGAUUACAUCUACGAGAACAUCGAGAAUGAGCUCUACUUCUUCACCUCUCAGGAACGGCAAAACAUCAUCAGGUACUGGCUGGAGAACCUGCGGGCCAAGCAGGGCGAGUCGCUGCACAACAUCCAUUUCCUGGAGGGACAGCCCAUCAUCCCUGAGCUGGCUGCCCGUGGUGUCAUCCAGCAGGUCUUCCCCCUGCACGAGCAGAGGAUCCUCAAGAGGCUGAUGAAGUCCUGGGUGCAGGCGGUCUGCGAGGCUCAGCCUCUCGAUGAGAUCUGUGACUACUUUGGGGUGAAAAUCGCCAUGUACUUCGCCUGGUUGGGUUUCUACACCUCGGCCAUGGUGUACCCUGCUGUCUUUGGCUCCCUCCUCUACACCUUCACGGAGAGUGACCAGACCAGCCAGGACAUCUGCUGCGUGGUCUUUGCCAUCUUCAAUGUCAUUUGGUCCACCCUCUUCCUGGAGGAGUGGAAACGCCGCGGGGCUGAGUUCGCCUACAAGUGGGGGACCUUGGACACCCCGGCUGAGUCCAUCGAGGAGCCACGGCCCCAGUUCAGGGGUGUGAAGAGGAUCAGCCCGGUGACCAGUGCCGAGGAGUUUUAUUACCCACCCUGGAAGAGGUUGCUCUUCCAGUGCCUGGUCAGCCUCCCCGUCUGCCUCGCCUGCCUCUCCUGCGUCUUCCUCCUCAUGCUGGGCUGCUUCCAGCUCCAGGAGUUUGUGCUGAGCAUCCAGGAGCUGCCCCGAAUCAUCCGGUUCCUCCCCAAAAUCAUCCUGGCUGCCAUUGUCACCGCCUGUGACGAGGUUUACAAGAAGAUUGCCUACUGGUUGAACGAUAUGGAGAAUUAUCGCCUGCAGAGUGCCUACGAGAAACACCUCAUCAUCAAAAUUGUCCUGUUUCAGUUUGUAAACUCAUACCUGAGUCUUUUCUACAUCGGUUUCUACCUCAAAGACAUGGAGAGGCUGAAGGAGCUCCUGCUCAUCUUCUCUCUCUCCCAAAGCCUCACGCGUCAGCUCAAAGAGGCUCUCCUCCCCUUCAUCCUCCUCCACCUCCACCUCUCCCUCAUCUUCUUUAAGGGCCUCCUGGGCUUUUGCUGGAAGCUGGGAGUAUCCAAAAUGCUGGCCACCCUGCUCAUCACUCGCCAGUUCCUGCAGAACGUCCGGGAGGUUUCCCAACCCCAUCUCUACCGACGCCUGCGCCGGGGGGACCUCGACCUCCGCAGCCUCCGCCAGGUGGCUAAUGCCAUCCUCCAGCUGCUCGCCCCCCGCCGCCACCCCCCGGCCCCUUCCGAAAGGUCCCGGGGGGACAAGAAAUGUCUGAACGGUGGGUGCGGGGUACCGGAGGAAGAGGAGGAGGAGGAAGAGCGUCGCGAAUCAGAUUCGGAGGAGGAGAGCGCCCUGGAUUGCGGGUUGAAGCUGAAGAAGGUGAGCUUCAUCGAGAGGGGGGAGCGGCGUGGGGGGGAGCCCGGGGGUCCCGAGGAGGAGAGCUUCCUGGAGGAGGGCAGCCCCACCAUGGUGGAGAAAGGGAUGGACCCCGCCGCCGUCUUCGAGCUGUGCGAGGAGGAGGAGGAAGAAGCCGAAGGUCUGUCCGGCAGCCCCGGCAAAGCGCUGGAACCGGCGGCGGCUCCGCGAGCGGGCCGGAGGAGAAGAGGGGCGGAGGGCAAAGAGGAGGAGGAGGAGGAAGAAGGGGAGGAAGAAGGGAGGAAACGCAACCGGGCCUCCUGGAUCGACCCCCCGGAGGAGGAUUACUCCACGCAGCUGACUCAGGCGGAGGUGGAGAGCUGCAUGAAGAAGUACGAGGACACCUUCCAGGACUACCAGGAGAUGUUCAUCCAGUUUGGCUACGUGGUGCUCUUCUCCUCUGCCUUCCCCCUGGCAGCCAUGUGUGCCCUGGUGAACAACGUCAUCGAGAUCCGCAGCGAUGCCUUCAAACUCUGCACGGGGCUGCAGCGUCCCUUUGGCCAACGGGUGGAGAGCAUUGGGCAGUGGCAGAAGGUGAUGGAGGCCAUGGGUGUCUUGGCCAUCGUGGUCAACUGCUACCUGAUCGCCCAGUGUGGGCAGCUCCAGCGCCUGUUCCCCUGGCUCAGCCCCGAGGGAGCCAUCAUCUCUGUGGUGGUGCUGGAGCACUUAGCCCUCUUCUUGAAGUACAUCAUCCAAGUGGCCAUCCCUGACAUUCCUGCCUGGGUGGCUGAGGAGAUGGCCAAGCUGGAAUAUCAGCGCCGCGAGGCCUUCAAGAAGCACGAGCGGCAGGCACAGCACCACUUCCAGCAGCAGCAGAGGAGGAAGAGGGAGGAGGAGGAGCGGCAGCGCCACGCCGAGUACCAAGCGCGCCGGGAACGGGAGGCGACCCGAGACGAAACCAAACCCGAGGCUGCCGGGCAGGACCCGGCUCAGGAGAAGAGCCAGAGCAAAGGGAAAAGCUCCGGGGGUUCUUCUUCCCACGGGUCCGAUAAACCCAAAAGACCCAGCUCCCUCCUGGCUACCAACAACGUGAUGAAGUUAAAGCAGAUCAUCCCCCUGCAGGGCAAGUUCCUCUCCGGGGGGGCCGGCGGCACGGCCACCUCCAGGUCCCCCCAGUCGCCCACGGAGAACAAACUCCCCGGUUUCCUCAGCUUCAAAUUCCUGAAAUCCCCCGAAACUAAGCGGGACGCCGGGACCGAGAAGGUCCAAUCGCCCACCAAGCCGUUCAAUCCCGGCAAACUCUUCAACUUCGGCAAAUCGGAAGGGACGGGGGGCAACGGGACCGGGGCCACCUCCUCCCCCCAGCCCCGGCCCGGCACCUCGGCGGAGGCGGGGGAGAGGGCGGCCCCCAGCAAGUCCCAUCUCAACGGGAUGCCGGAGGAAGGGAGCCGAGAGGAGCCGGAGAGCCAGGCAGAGGAGGAGAGCGGGGGCCACAGACUCUGAGUGGACUUUUUGGGGUCCCCUGCGGACGCCCUCACCCUCUCUCCAUCCCCCGCCGCAGGGAUGAGCCCGCCGGCUGCCGGCGUUGGCACCGUCCCCCUCUGCCACCUCCCCUCGUGUCCCCUUGUCCCCAGGCCGGGGGGGUUCGGGGGGUGGUUCCGGCCGCAUCCCGCAGCAAGGAGACCGCGGCAGCACGGAGCAUCCCGCUGGGAUUCCUCCUCCUCCAGCAUCCCGGGAGUCGGCACAGGGAAGACGCCGCGGGUCGACCCACGGGUGUCACCCAGAGCCACGGGGCAUCACCCACGGGGCUGGGAGAGGAGCCCGAUUCACCCGUGCCUACAGCCCGAGAGCCAUCACCCGGGGUGUCACCCGUGUCCUGUCCUGUCCCCGUCCCACUUGGAUCCAUCCCAGCACCGGGAUGGAAGAACAACAAAAAAUCCCCCUGGAUUUUCCAUCCCAGCACCGGGACCUUUUCCUGCCCCAAAGCCCGGAGAUCCAGGAGAGAAGCUGGGGGUCGGUGCCAGCCGCCUGGACCCCCCAGAGCAUGGGCAGCAGUUCUUGCACUAAAAAAAAACCCCAAAAAAA